UCCUCUCUUUCUACCUUCUUGCACUCUUGCUCAGAAAAAUAAUCCAUGGAGGCUCUCAGACUAGAAGCUCGAGCAUUAGGGUCCCUCUCAGGGGGUUCCACCCCGCUCAAGGCCCUUCUCCCUGGGGCAGAGGGCCUCGUCCUUCCCCCUGGAGAUCCAGAGCUGUGCCGGGAGCAUGGAGAGACGUUUACCUUGUUCUGUGUGGAUGACCUGGAGCCAGUGUGCAGUCAGUGUGGACUCACUGAGACCCACGAGGGGCACAGAGUCUACCCCAUAACGGAGGCUGUACCUGACUGUAAGGGGGAGCUGAACUCUUCACUGGGGAAGCUGCUAGGGAAGAGCAGGAGGUUUGAGAAGGUUACACGGAUCUUUGAACACGCCUCCCAACACAACCAGAGCCAUGCCCAGCAGACAGAGAGACAGAUAAAGGAGGAGUUUGAGAAGCUGCACCAGUUCCUGAGAGAGGAGGAGGAGGCCAGACUAGCCAGGCUGAGGGAGGAAGAGGAGGAGAGGAAUAGAGUGAUGAAGGAAAAGAGAGAGAGAGUGGGAAAAGAGAUGAAGCUGCUGGCUAAAACCAUCCGAGAGAUCGAGGAAGAGAUGAAGGAAGACAGGGAUGACAUCGCCUUUCUGCAGAAUUACCAGGAGACACAUAACCCUUACAGUGAGUCUGGGGGGAGGGACGGAGUGGUGUGUUCCCUAUCUCCCCCCUGCCCCCCUCUUCCCCCAACCCCUCCCUUUCAGUAUAACCCCUUACACAUAACCCCUUACAGGGAGUCUGGGAGGAGGGACGGAGUGGUGUGUCCGCUCUACUCCCCCCAUGCCCCUCUUCCCCAACCCCUCCCUUUCAGCAUAACCCCUUACAGUGAGUCUGGGGGAGGGACGGAGUGGUGUGUCCCUAUCUCCCCCCUGCCCCCUCUUCCUCCCACCACCCCCUCCCUUUCAGCAUAA